CUUUCGUCAGAAUGCCCAAACAGGCUUCUUCUCUCUCUCUUCCCCAUCCCUCUCGAACCCUUCCCCCCUCCUUCCUCCAAUGGCGGAACCUCCCCACCCUUCUCAAACCAUCGAUCCACAUGGGGCCUUGCCAUCCAAAUCCCUUUCUCCCCCCUUCCUCCUCCCGUCCCUUUCCUCACCAUAAUUAACCCCAAAUCGAAGCCGGUGAUCUAUUCGGGCCUUUCUGUGGAGCCUGAGAGCUGGGCGCUGGAGCUGAUCCCGAGCUUCUUCGAUCUCAUUCGGCAGACAAAUAUGUGUUGCACUGAAUAGCAAUAUUGACUAGAAGAGCAUAUGAGCUAGAGAACAUGAUUAUCACAUGACCCACAGCAACCAGCAUCUGACAUGUAUGCUAGGCUAUGGUCAGAUUUGGUUAAAAAAAAAAUGGUAUUGAAAUUGUCGGGUGCCCGUGCAAGAUAAGUAUGUGAGAGGUGCUUGGGAAGUAGGUCAUUUCUAUGCAUAAAUUAUAGAAAGGCUGACCUUAUUUGGAAAAGUUGUAUGGUUCAUGAGGAAAGAAAGACUAAAUCUCAAGCACUGAAGAGCAUUGAGCUCCUCUUUGCUUAGUAGAUGGAGGACUUCAAUUUUGUUGUUGGACAGCAGUUUGCUGAUGUCAAGACUUUCCGAAAGGCGAUUAAAGAAGCUGCAAUUGCCCAGCACUUUGAGCUUAAGAUCAUAAAAAGUGAUCUGAUUCGCUACUUUGCUAAAUGUGCUAAGGAGGGUUGUCCUUGGCGCAUUCGUGCGGUAAAGCUUCCCAAUGUCCCAACCUUCACGAUAAGGAGCAUCGAAGGAACACAUACUUGUGGCAAAAAUGCACAACUUGGCCAUCACCAAGCAUCAGUUGAUUGGAUUGUAAAUCUUAUAGAGGAGCGGCUACGAGACAAUGUGAAUUAUAAACCAAAGGACAUACUGCAAGACAUUCAAAAGCAGUAUGGGAUUACUAUACCAUACAAGCAAGCAUGGCGAGCAAAAGAAAGGGGUCUGGCUGCUAUUUAUGGAUCUUCUGAGGAGGGUUAUUGCUUGCUGCCAGCAUACUGUGAGCAGAUAAAGCUUUCAAACCCUGGAAGUAUUGCUCAAGUGUUUACUACUGGGUCAGACCAUCGGUUCCAGAGACUUUUUGUUUCUUUUAAUGCAUCAAUAAAUGGUUUUCUGCGUGGCUGUUUACCUAUUAUUGGUCUUGGUGGAAUGGAGCUAAAGAGCAAGUAUCUUGGUACGCUACUGUCUGUGACGUCAUUUGAUGCUGAUGGUGGAUUGUUCCCGGUUGCUUUUGGCAUUGUUGAUGUAGAAACAGAGGAAAGUUGGAUGUGGUUUUUAUCUGAAUUUCAUAAGCUGCUUGAGAUAAGUACAGAGACCAAACCUCAGCUUACAGUCUUAUCUGAUGGACGGAAAGGUAUUGUUGAAGCUGUGAGAAGAAAAUUUCCUACUGCAUACCAAGGGAUAUGCAUGUGUCAUUUAACUGAAAACAUCAAUAAGGAGUUCAAGAAUGGAAGGCUUGUCCAGCUUUUGUGGAAGGCCGCUUAUUCUAUCACCACCAUUGGGUUUAGAGAAAGGAUGGCAGAAAUUGAAGAAGUUUGUGCUGAAGCAGCCAAAAGGAUCCAGCAAGUUCCACCAAAUCGCUGGGCUGUAGUUUACUUUGAAGGGUCACGUUUUGGUCAUCUUUCUUCAAACAUUGAGGAAUUCAAUAAAUGGAUACUUGAAGCGUGUGAACUUCCCAUCAUUCAAGUUAUGGAGCAGAUCCAUGGCAAAUUAAUGGCCGAGUUUAGAGACCGACAUGAAAAGGGUAUGACAUGGACAUCGGUACUUGCCCCUUCUGUUGAAACGCGUAUUUCGGAUGCUAUUGAGUCUGCAUUGACCUACCAAGUGCUCCGUUCAGAUGAAGUAGAAUUUGAGGUUUUAUCAGCUGAUCGUUCUAGUAUCGUGAAUAUUGGCACUCGCUGUUGUUCAUGCCGUGAUUGGCAGUUGUAUGGAGUACCAUGUUCUCAUGCUGUUGCAGCCCUCCUUUCAUGUAGGAAAAAUAUCUACGAAUACACGGAGAAGUAUUUUACAGUUGCAAGGUACCGCGAGACAUACUCUCAACCAAUAUAUCCCAUUCCAGACAAAAGUGAGUGGAGCAAGGCAACCGAGGGUCUUACAGAUGAUGAAAAUCGAGUGGUUCGUCCACCAAAGUUUCGUCGUCCACCAGGACGACCUGAAAAGAAGCGAAUUUGCAUGAAGGAGGCCAAUCGUGAAAAACAUACCGUGCAUUGUAGUCGCUGCAACCAGACAGGACACUACAAAAGAACAUGCAAGGUGGAAAUUGCUGAGAGGGUAGAUCAUUAAGUCUGUGCAGUAUUGUAAUCUUAAUCCAUGCAGCCUGUUAGAUCUGUUAUAUUAUGAAAUAGUUCACCUGUUAGAUGCAUGCUUUUCCAUGCAGUGUAAAUUAAAAUCUGCCUUUUAUUCUCAUCUGAUUUCGAGCCAACUAGCCUUCUUAAGGAUAGCA